AUGGCUCCCGCUAACCUGCCCUCGAUCUUCAAUGCCACUUCCCAGGACAUUGAGAUGCUGCUUGCAGCUCAAGCCCACCUGGGAAGCAAGAACCUCCAGGUUCACAUGGAGCCCUAUCUCUGGAAGACCCGUGCCGACGGUGUCAACGUGAUCAACGUUGGCAAGACCUGGGAGAAGAUUGUCCUGGCCGCCCGCAUCAUCGCCGCCGUCGACAACCCAGCCGACAUUUGCGUUAUCUCUGCCCGUCCCUACGGUCAGCGCGCCGUCCUCAAGUUCGCCGCCCACACCGGCGCUGUCGCCAUCGCCGGUCGCUUCACCCCCGGUUCUUUCACCAACUACAUCACCCGCUCUUUCAAGGAGCCCCGCCUGAUUAUCGUCACCGACCCCCGUACUGAUGCCCAGGCCAUCAAGGAGGCUUCCUACGUCAACAUCCCCGUUAUCGCCCUUUGCGACACCGACUCCCCCACCGAGUACGUCGACGUUGCCAUCCCCACCAACAACAAGGGUCGUCACUCCAUCGGUCUCAUCUGGUGGAUGCUCGCCCGUGAGGUCCUCCGCCUCCGCGGCACCAUCUACAACCGCGAGACCCCCUGGGACACCAUGGUCGAUCUGUACUUCUACCGCGACCCUGAGGCUGAGGCCGAGGAGAAGGUCGAGGAGGAGAAACUCCCUGGCGUUGAGGAGGAGGGUGUUGCCGCUAUCGAGUCCGGCUUCCCCGCCACUGGUGACUGGGAUGCCCAGGCUCCUGGCUUCACUGGUGCCCAGACCGGCACCAACUGGGACGGUGCUGGUGACGAGUGGGCCGCCGCUGGCGCCGCUCCCACCGGCGACUGGGCUGCUGCCGGCGAUGCCGCUGCCGCUGCCCCCAAGGAGUCCCAGUGGUAG